UUUCCAUCCUGUUCAUACGUCCCGGCGAGACGUCGUGGACUGAGCUGUCUGUGCGUCUGUAUGUGUGUGUGUGUGCGCGUGUGUGUGUGUGUACAUAGAGGAUGGCUCAGUGCUCAGGUGUAGGCAGCAGGCUCUGGGAACCAGUCAAGCAGGCAGCAGGACCAGUUUAUUUACCCAGAAGACAGAGCACUCUGCUGGGCUAGUGGCUGGAGCUUGAGCCCCUUCUCGGACCUCCAACCCUGGAGCUCUAAUACCUGAAACUGAGCUGUUUUUAUACAUCAUUCCUAAUCAAGAGGAUAACUUCGCCUAACUGUGGACCAUAUUAAUACAUUGUUUUGUAUUUGCUAUAAUUGUUUUGCACUUUGGGCAGUGGAAGCAGCUGCCUUCACAGCGGUGGAGCUUGAGGAGGUGACUCAGGGGAGUAUGUACUGUCUCGUUCCUGCCCCAAACUGGACCUUUUUUGCAUCAUAGCUGCUGAGGGAGGUAAAGAACAAAAGAAAGGAAGAAAUCUUAAAGAGAGGAGAGGAAAAUCUUUCUCGUUUAAACACCUGUGAGGGCUCCCUCUUUGACAAAAGCGAGCUGCCAAGGAUUGGACAAUAACGAAAAGAUAAUUAGGAGCUGAGAAGAAAAGGCUAAAGAGGAAGACUUUUGGGUCCACGCUCCGUCCAUCCCUCCCUCCAUUCAUCCCUCCUUCCACCCGUUCCCACCUGUGAGGAUUAAUUGGACUCGAGCAGCAUGGCGCAUGCCGCCUCGCAGCUGAAGAAAAAGGCGGACGAGAACCUCAACGCUGCAGAGGAGGAGAAGGAGAAGAAGAAGGCGAAGAAGCGUGCCCGCGAAGUGAAGAAAAAGACGGAUGUAAAUGCCUGUUAUCUGCGAUCGGCUCGGGCCGGGAACCUCGAGAAAGCUUUGGACUACCUGAAGAAUGGAGUCGACAUCAAUAUUUGCAAUCAGAACGGUCUGAACGCUCUCCAUCUGGCCUCGAAGGAGGGCCAUGUGGAAGUGGUGGCUGAGCUCAUCAAACAUGGCGCCAAUGUGGACGCAGCUACCAAGAAAGGAAACACAGCCCUUCACAUAGCUUCCCUGGCUGGACAGACAGACGUGGUGAAGGAACUCGUCACUCACAAUGCCAACGUCAACGCACAGUCUCAGAAUGGCUUCACGCCGCUCUACAUGGCGGCUCAGGAGAACCACAUGGAUGUGGUGCAGUUCUUAUUGGACCACGGCUCCAGCCAGAGCAUCGCCACCGAGGAUGGUUUCACUCCUCUGGCGGUGGCGUUGCAGCAGGGUCACGACCAGGUGGUUUCACUCCUGUUGGAAAACGACACCAAGGGGAAGGUCCGCCUGCCCGCUCUGCACAUCGCCGCACGGAAAGAUGACACCAAGGCCGCCGCCCUCCUCCUCCAGAACGACCACAACGCUGACGUAGAGUCCAAGAUGAUGGUGAAUAGAACAACAGAGAGCGGUUUCACUCCUCUCCAUAUUGCGGCUCACUACGGCAACAUCAACGUAGCAACGCUGCUGCUGAACAGAGGGGCAGCUGUGGACUUCAAGGCGAGGAAUGACAUCACACCGCUUCACGUAGCAUCCAAACGUGGGAACAGCAACAUGGUGCGACUGCUGCUGGAGAGAGGGGCCAAGAUAGAUGCACGGACCAAGGACGGUCUGACUCCUCUGCACUGUGGAGCCCGGAGCGGCCACGAGCAGGUGGUGGAGAUGCUACUGGACAGAGGAGCUCCAAUACUGUCAAAGACCAAGAAUGGCUUGUCUCCGCUCCACAUGGCGACGCAGGGCGACCACCUCAACUGCGUCCAGCUGCUGCUGCACCACGACGUGCCCGUGGACGACGUGACCAACGACUACCUGACGGCGCUUCACGUGGCCGCCCACUGCGGGCACUACAAGGUGGCGAAGGUCAUCGUGGACAAGAAGGCCAACCCCAACGCCAAGGCACUGAAUGGUUUCACUCCUCUGCACAUUGCCUGUAAGAAAAACAGAGUCAAGGUGAUGGAGCUGCUACUGAAGCAUGGAGCGUCUAUACAGGCAGUGACAGAGUCCGGUCUGACUCCGAUCCACGUCGCGGCAUUUAUGGGACACGACAACAUCGUCCACCAGCUAAUCAACCACGGGGCUUCACCCAACACGAGCAACGUGAGGGGGGAGACAGCUCUCCACAUGGCAGCGAGGGCAGGACAGUCAAACGUGGUCCGAUAUCUGAUCCAGAAUGGAGCGCGAGUCGAUGCCACGGCCAAGGACGACCAGACGCCGCUGCACAUCUCGAGCCGUCUCGGUAAGCAGGACAUCGUCCACCAGCUGCUGGGAAACGGAGCAUGCCCGGACGCCACCACCAGCUCUGGAUACACACCUUUACACCUGGCAGCCAGGGAGGGACACAAGGACGUGGCUGCAGCGCUGCUGGACCAAGGAGCGAGCCUGGGCAUUAUUACAAAGAAGGGCUUCACUCCUCUGCACGUGGCUGCAAAAUACGGAAAAAUCGAGGUCGCCAACCUGCUGCUGCAGAAGAACGCACCGCCUGACGCCGCCGGGAAGAGUGGACUAACUCCACUGCAUGUGGCAGCACAUUAUGAUAACCAGAAGGUGGCGUUGCUCUUGCUGGACCAGGGAGCUUCACCUCACGCUCCCGCCAAGAACGGUUACACACCGCUCCACAUCGCAGCCAAGAAGAAUCAGAUGGAGAUAACCACCACGUUACUGGAGUACGGCGCUUUGACCAACACGGUGACACGCCAGGGAAUCACGCCUCUGCACCUCGCGGCGCAGGAAGGCAACGUGGACAUAGUGACGCUGCUGCUGGCUCGAGACGCUCCGAUAAACUCGGGCAAUAAGUCCGGUCUGACUCCGCUCCACCUGGCCGCCCAGGAAGAUAAAGUCAACGUCGCUGAAGUCUUAGUCAACCAGGGAGCUACCAUAGACCCUGAAACUAAGCUGGGAUACACUCCUCUCCAUGUGGCCUGUCACUACGGCAACGUGAAGAUGGUCAGUUUCCUGCUAAAGAAUCAGGCGAAGGUCAACGCUAAGACCAAGAACGGUUACACACCUCUCCAUCAGGCUGCACAGCAGGGACACACACACAUCAUCAACUUGCUGCUACAGUAUGGAGCGUCGCCAAACGAACUCACCGUGAACGGGAACAGUGCUUUGUCCAUCGCCAGGAGGCUCGGCUACAUCUCUGUCGUUGACACGCUCAAAGUGGUCACAGAGGAAACUCUGACCACUCAGACCGUGAUUGAGAAGCACAAGAUGAACGUCCCAGAGACCACGAACGAGAUGUUGGACGUGUCCGAUGACGAAGGUGACGAUGCGAUGACGGGGGACACAGACAAAUAUCUGGCCCCCCAGGACCUGCGGGAGCUCGGGGAUGACUCGCUCCCUCAGGAGGGCUACAUGGGCUUUAGUGUUGGUGCGCGGUCGCAGAGUCCCAAAGUCAGCCUGCGUUCCUUCAGUUCUGAUAGGUCCACGCUGAAUCGGAGCUCGUUCACGCGGGACAGCAUGAUGAUAGAGGAGAUGCUGGCCCCCGGUAAGGAGAUGAUGCUCUGUAAGGAAAGGUCUUUCAUUGUAGAGCGCCACAAUAAGCACUUAGCUGCAGCUAAGGAUUGUGACAACGAAUCUCUGAGGAGGUACAGCUGGACCGCGGACGCUCUGGAUAACGUCAACCUCGUCUCUUCGCCGAUACACUCCGGUUUUUCCUCUCCGCUCCCGCAGUACGACAGCAGGUUCCUGGUCAGCUUCAUGGUGGACGCACGGGGCGGCUCCAUGAGAGGAAGUCGUCACAACGGCAUGCGCAUCAUCAUCCCGCCCAGGAAGUGCACGGCGCCGACCAGAAUCACCUGUCGACUGGUGAAGAGACACAAACUGGCGUCGCCUCCUCCGAUGGUGGAAGGAGAAGGCCUGGCCAGCCGCCUGGUUGAGGUCGGGCCAGCUGGAGCUCAGUUCCUCGGGCCUGUAAUAGUGGAGAUCCCUCACUUUGGCUCGAUGCGUGGCCAGGAGAGAGAGCUGAUCCUGCUGCGCAGUGAGAACGGAGAAUGCUGGAAGGAACAUAUGUACGACUACAAGACUGAUGACCUCAAUCAGCUCCUCGGUGGGAUGGAUGAAGAACUGGACAGUCCCGAAGAGCUGGAGAGGAAGAGAAUCUGCCGCAUCAUCACCAAGGAUUUCCCACAGUACUUUGCUGUAGUGUCUCGAAUCAGGCAGGAGACCAAUCAGAUGGGACCAGAGGGCGGGACUCUCAACAGCCGGAGCGUCCCAUUGGUUCAAGCUUCCUUCCCUGAGGGGGCAUUAACCAAGAAGAUCAAAGUUGGACUGCAGGCCCAGCCGGUACCCGACGACACUGUGAAGAAAAUCCUUGGUAACCGAGCAACCUUUAGCCCCAUCGUUACCGUGGAGCCCAGAAGAAGGAAGUUCCACAAGCCCAUCACCAUGACAAUCCCGGUCCCGCCUCUCUCAGGGGAAGGGCUUACCAACGGCUACAAGGGAGACAGCACGCCGUGUCUCCGCCUCCUCUGUAGCAUUACAGGUGGUACGUCCCCAGCACAGUGGGAAGACAUCACCGGCACGACUCCUCUCACCUUCGUCAAUGACUGCGUCUCCUUCACCACCAAUGUUUCUGCCAGAUUCUGGUUAGCAGACUGCCACCAGAUUCCCGAGACGGUGGGUUUGGCCACGCAGCUGUACAGGGAGCUGAUCUGUGUGCCCUACAUGGCCAAGUUUGUGGUGUUUGCUAAGAUGAACGACCCGGUGGAGUCCAGACUGAGGUGCUUCUGUAUGACGGACGACAAGGUGGAUAAGACUCUGGAGCAGCAGGAGAACUUUGAGGAGGUUGCCAGGAGCAAAGACAUAGAGGUUCUGGAGGGCAGACCCAUCUUCGUGGAUUGCUAUGGAAACUUGGCUCCUCUGACUAAAGCGGGUCAGCAGUUAAUUCUGAACUUCUACGCCUUCAAGGAGAACCGUUUGCCCUUCUGUGUCAAGGUGAGAGAUCCCAGCCAGGAGCCCUGCGGUCGUCUUACGUUCCUCAAAGAGUGUAAGACCAUAAAAGGUUUCCCGCAGACCGCCGUGUGCAACCUGAACAUCACACUUCCUGCAGUGAAAAAGGAAUUGGAGUCAGAUGCCGAGGAUGAGACUGAAAAGCCAGAGCGACGUCAUACCUUUGCAUCCCUAGCCUUACGUAAGCGCUACAGCUAUCUGGCCGAGCCUGCACUGAAAACAGCAGUCGAACGAAGCACAACCGCAAGAACACUGCCUACUGGUUACCCUCACAAACCUGUCUUUCCAACCAGACCUUACCCACCAUGGUCGACUGCUCCUAUUACCGUCCCUGGCCAAACAAGGCCCAGCGGAGUGGGGUGUCUCCCCACCUCUACCGAUUCACCGACAGGCUCACCAGCUGCUUCUCCAUUGAAAACUACCUGGCCCCUCACCUCCCCAUCACCUGCAUGCCCUGCAACUAUCAAAGCUACCCUUGGAGCUCCACCACCAGUACCUACCCUGUCAUCCCCAGUUAAAUCAGUUAGCAACAUAGUGUCCUCAUCCCCCAUCAGAACUUACAGGACUAUGCCUUCACCCAUCAAAACCGUUGUCCAGCUGGGUCAGUACCCUGUCCAGGGGUCUGCCAGCCUUGUUUCCUCCGGAAGCCCGUCUAAACCUGCCACAGAUCCAGCAUCUAUCAAAAGCCUUGCUUCAGCAUACACAUCAAGGACUUCCCCACUUCACUCAAUACCCAAUGGUUCUGUACCAUCAGCUCAUAUUCCUGCUCCAGCAUCGCCAAAGACACAAUACAACAUGUACAACUCGAACCUGCCUUUUAAAACUACCCUAGGGUCCACGACAGAUAACCUCUCUUCCGUUAAAAGCAUCUCCAGCCUGUCCUCUUUGAAAACCGCUGUAGACUCAACACUCUCAUCUAUAGGAGGGAGGUCAUCCCUCUCGUCUCUCUCCUCAACCGGGCAGACAACCAUCGCUUCCUCAGAGCUGUCCAUGAUGAACGGCUCAGCCUCGCCUGUUAAAUAUCCAUCGUCCUCCACUCCAUCCUCCCCUUCUUCUCGCCAUCUUUCAGAGAGGAGUAGUAGCCUACAGGAGAGGAUCCAGGCCACCACCCAGGCAGCAACGUCUAGUGUCAGUGCAGCCAUUAAUGAAGCUAUAGACUCAUAUUCAGUGUCCGGCUAUGGCACUCUUAGAUCAUUGUCCUCCUCACGCAGGACUGCAACAGCAAGCUCUGCUUACGGUUCACUGAGAUCUGGAGCGGCCUCCUCCAGUACACCAGUUUCAUCCAAUACGAUGACUGUACCUGUAUAUUCAUUAGUCAACGUCAUUCCAGAGACUCCGGUCAAACCAGGACCAGGGUCUCUUAAAAUGGCACUGCCUGAUUCUCCUCGUGCCUCAUCCUCAUCUUCUUCCUCUCUGUCUUCCUGUGUUACCGCAUCAAAAAUAAAUUCCCAAAUGAAAUCUCCUCCGUUCAUCACGCCAGCCAUCAUCCACCCAACUGCAACUUCGAACCAAGAGAUACUAAAAGAUGUAGCAGACAUGAAAGAGGAUCUGAUGAGAAUGACGGCUAUCCUUCAGACAGACACGCAGACGGCAGCUAAAACUGUCCAAACGUCACGUACCGGCACUCCUAAAGAGGCAAAGUUAGAGGAUGAGGAGCCGUACACUCUAGUGGAGAAAGUGAAAGAAGAUUUAGUGAAAGUCAGUGAGAUAUUGCAGAAAGAUAUCAGGAGUGAAGGUAAGGCAGGUAAAGAGAGAGCCUCAGAAGACGAAUGGGAGGAGUUUACAAAAGAUGAGAUCGAGGAGGCACAAAGAAGUGCCCUCUCAGAUUAUUACCCUCCCUUUGAUGAACACACACUUCUGCUCAAGCACCAGUCCAUGUCAAGCAAAGACUUGGAGUUGGCUGAAGUAGUAGACUUUUUGACAAAUAACAUUGGUGCUAGCUCUCUCUCCAAAAUGGCAGAGUUGAAAUGUAGGUACGAGGAGGAGGCCAAAAGAGAAGGGGAAGAGAAACAGAAACGUGUUCUCAAACCAUCCAUGACGAUACAAGAGCACAAACUCAAAAUGCCCCCACCGGUCUCAGGCAUGCUGAGGUCGCCCUCAGAGAAGGACCUAAGCAAACUUGCUGAAUCGUAUCAGGGGACGGACACUAUUUUGGAAUCACCCGAGGACCUGUCUCAUGAGCAGGAUAAGAGUCCCCUGUCAGAUAGCGGGUUUGAAACCAGGAGUGAAAAAACACCUUCUGCUCCUCAGAGUGCAGAGAGUACAGGACCUAAACCUUUAUUCACAGAUUCACCCAUCCCGCCCUGCGUAACCGAGACCAGGACCGAAGUGGUCCACAUUAGGAGCUAUGAGCAGCCUGAUGAUCCUUGUGAGCCUGUACACAUGGAGGACGCUGCAUCUGCAAUUCCUUCUCUAGAGCCAGAUGCAGCUUCAUCGAGCUCCAUGAAAGCUUUACAGAUGAAAAUGCCAGAGGACGACUCUAUGAUGAACAAAAGCGUAUGCCUCAAAGAGGAAACUCAUAUCACUACUACUACUAGAAUGGUCUAUCACAAGCCCCAAUUGACCGAUGGUGCAGAGAUGAUAGACGAAGGUAUGUCAGUCAGAGAUAUCAUGAAAGCUUUCCAGUCAGGCAGGGACCCAUCUAAAGAGCUGGCAGGCCUUUUCGAACACAAAGCUAGCCAGGACUCUGUCAAAGGUGACGAGCUGACUCCUAGAUUUCUCGACAGAGACAUUAAAUCCAAACCCAAAGUCGAAAGGAUAAUCGAGGUUCAUAUUGAAAAGGGCCACAGCACAGCAGAGCCAACUGAGGUUAUCAUCAGGGAAACCAAGAAACACCCCGAGCUUUAUGUCUACAAAGGCGACCAUGGAAUUAAGGAACUUACUGAGUACGAUGAAGCCCAACAGGAAGAAGAGGAGCUUAAUGCUGAAGAAUCCCUGCCCUCCUUCCUAGAAACAUCUCGCGUUAAUACCCCAGUGUCGCAGGAGGAGGACAGUCGCCCAAGUUCGGCCCAGCUAAUAGGAGACGAUUCGUAUAAAACCUUGAAACUAUUAAGCCAGCACUCCAUAGAAUACUGUGACGAUGAGCUAUCAGAAAUCAGAGGCGAGUCAUAUAGGUUUGCUGAGAAAAUGCUCCUCUCAGAGAAACUAGACGCAUCAUCGUCUCACUCUGAUACAGAGGAUUCAGCAGUGGUGACCGACAAAAAACGGCACCAAGUUUCUGAGGAAAGUGGUAGUCGUGGCACUGAGAGUAUGAGUCAGCAACAUGGAAGCCCCAGAAGAGAGUUUGUUCCUAAGUCAUCAAAAGAUGGGUCCCCUAAAUCUGGUAAAUUCAUGCACAGGGAUGACCCAUCUCAGUUUGAUAAAGUGACAGUGCUUCAUUACUCCACAGAGCAGGGCAGCCCCAAACAUGCCGUUUGGAUGCGAUUUACAGAGGAUAAACAUGACAGGAGCAGGGAUAAGCUGCUUUAUGAGGAUAGGGUGGACCAAAAGGUGAAGGAAGCUGAGGAAAAACUCAGCGAGGUAUCACAGUUCUUCCGUGAAAAAACAGAUAAGCUGAACGUUGAGCUGCAGUCCCCUGAGAAAAAGCCUGUGAGACGUGAUCCAAAGGAACCCAGGUCCUGGCCUAGUUCAGCCUGUAGCAGCCCUGAGAAAACACAACAGAAACCUAAAACAGAAGAAGAGGUCUUCAGUAAAAGCAAACUCAGGGAGCCUACUGUUGGUAAAGUCUUUGGCAGUACCACAAUAACUGAAAAGAAAAGCUCUAGCUUACCAAGCAGUCCCCAGAAAAGCACAUUCUCUCAUGUCAGUGAGGAUAAAAUAAAACAAGUCAAAACCAGUGAGUCUGAACCCUCUUCUCCUGCUCAUGUAAAAUCAACAUCCAAAGUCAGUGCUGUCAGGAUGAAGUUUGAAUCUGAGGCUCAGAAACAAAGUCAGUCUAGUCCGACCAAAAUUCCGCCUCCAGUGCAACCAAAACCAUCAAUAAAGAAAUUACAGGAGAGCAAACUUCCUGUUUAUCAGUUUUUUGCAGAAGGAAAAGGAUCAAAAGUAUCUGAAACAUCAGAAGAAGGAGGCCGGAAAAAGGAUGUUGAGACAGACAGCACUAAACCGGCUUUGAUAUCUUCAACAUCUAAAGCGCUAAAACAUACGGGAGAAAAGUCGCUAAACAAAAACAUCCCGGAGACCUCAGUGAAAAAACAAAUUAGUGAAACUGAGACUCACAAAGCAACAAGUAAAGGGAAAGAUAUCCAUCCCGGCGUUACUCAGGAAAUUAGAGGUCAGAAAGUUCAGAAACCUGUUGUGCAGGAUACUGCUAGACGACUAGACGAAGAUGCUAAAAAGUACCAACAAGUCACAAAAAGUGAGUUUGCUUCCAAAGAAGUAAUAGAAGAGGUGAGAAAAGACACAGAGGAAGUGCUAAAUAAAAACCUUAGGAAAAAAACUGAAUCCCAAAUUCCUGUAAGAUCGUCCACUUUGGAUAAUGACUCAGCAAAGAAACAGACAGUAACUAAACCCUCACAGAUACCCACAUUAUCUAAGAGCAAAUUACAAAUGAGUCUUGACACAACUCCAGCAAAAACAGAUCUGACGUUUGAAAUCUUAGAUAAUGCACCCAAAGAUUCAAACUCCAAUAACCUUCCCAGCCCUAGAGAAACACUUGAGAAAGUCAUAACCCCUCCAUCUACUAUAACUACCAAAGAAAACUUCAAGGGCAUCAAGACGUUACCUGUUUAUGUCAGUGUCCAGGUAGGAAGACAGGGAGAGAGAGAGGCCAAAGGGUCGCUGUAUACAGUCAAACAGAAAUCCAACUCAGCACUCAGCCCCAUAAGCCCAGAUGAUGACACACUAGAACAGGUUUCUUUCAUAGAUAGCUCAGGGAAAAGCCCUGUUACGCCAGAGACCCCCAGCUCUGAGGAGGUCAGCUAUGACCUGACGUCCAGGACUACUGAAUGCUUUUUGGGAUUCAUGCCAGGACAACCCAGUCCUAUCCUGGAGGUAUCUGAAGAAUCAGAGGCAGAUGACCAUGGCAAAAAUGUUUUCACUUUUAAAGAGGCCCAACCAGAAAGCAAAACUAGUGUUUUUGACACCCAAGCAGAUGUUGCUAAUGCUAAUAAGGAAGAAACAAAAAUGAAUGAUAACCAGCAGGUAGAAGUAAGUAAUAAUUUCAACCAGCAAGAAAUAGGCAGUGACGGUUAUGACGAAAUGACAGGGCAGAAACAGCAAGAAGUCUCAAAAGACAAAGGUAUUGCGUAUAUUGAGUUCCCUCCCCCUCCUCCUCUAGACUCUUCAGAAAUUUCUGACCCAGAUAGAAAAGGUUCAUGCGCCUCUUCAGAAACAGAAACCGAAAUGAUGGAGGUGAACUUACAGGAAGAACAUGACAAGCAUCUGCUGACCGAGCCAAUUAUACGCAUCCAACCUCCCACCCCAGUGCUCCCCGGGGGUGAUGACAGCCAAUCAAAUGAUGAUGAGGCAGAAGGAGAGGAUGAUGAGUCAAUCUUCCAGCCAAUUCCCUGUAAGAAAUUUACUUUCAAAGUUCCAGAGGAGGAGGAGGAGGAGGAGGAAGAGGAGAAUAGGAAAAAGAAGGAGAAAGAAAAGGCGCAUAAAGCUAAAAAACAUGACAAAAAUGGAAACAACAAAGAAACUAAUGGUGGGACCAAUGGCUCCAAUGGUUCUAAUGGCAAAGGAGAGGACUAUGAAUAUGAACAAAAUGGAAAUGACCAGUCAAUAACAGACUGUUCAAUAGCCACAACAGCUGAAUUCUCUCAUGACACAGAUGCAACAGAGAUAGAUUCACUAGAUGGAUAUGAACUUCAGGACGAGGAUGAUGGCCUGUGCGAGCAGGCAGAUUUACGGCUGUUUGGUCUUCCAGACAGUCGGAGAGACGUGUGGGCGACUGACACGUUUAGGUCGACCGACCGAUCUUUUCCCCCAACCAAACUGGAAGUUAUUGAAGAGGAGAAAACCCCAGAGGAAUGUCAAAAGGACGUUUUCAAAAAAGAUACACCAUCAAAUGGUGAAAAACCUGAUGGUGUCAGUAAGGAUGGGGUUAAAAGUCAGGAACAGAAACCCUCAGAUAAAGAGGGAUUUUCAGACACUUACUUUAGUUAUAAGUUAGAAGAGGAGUUUAACUCCCCUUUUAAGACUGUUGCCACUAAAGGGCUGGACUUUGACCCCUGGCCAAGUAAAAGUGGAGAAGACGUCGUUGACAUGGGAGGGACACAGGGAAGCAAUGGUGAGCCUAAGCCUUUUGGACUGGCAGUGGACGACCAGUCUCAGAACACAACACCAGACACUACCCCGGCCCGAACACCAACGGACGAUAGCACGCCAACGAGCGAGCCAAACCCAUUCCCCUUCCAUGAAGGGAAGAUGUUUGAGAUGACACGCAGUGGUGCGAUUGACAUGAGCAAGAGGGACAUGGUGGAGGAGAGGCUCCAGUUUUUUCAGAUUGGUGAGCAUAACUACUCGGCGGGCAGGUACAGGGUCAGGGACCCAGAGGUAGAUGCCUCCUCACAACACAGGGACCAGUUUGAUUCCACAGAUACUUUGACAGUCCCUCAAGUCCCGAUUCAGACUACUACUGUCCAGUUAGAAAUAUCAAACGCAACUGGCACUUACACCACAUGCAGAGACUCCAACACUGAGCCUAAAUUCUCCACUUUUAGGACAGGAUUCAAGUUGUCGUCUGACAACUCCAAUGCUUCAAAUAGCAGUUCUGAGUCAAAAAUACCAGGCGUCUUUGAUUGUUGUAAUGACAAAACCUCAGGAACAACUGUUAGUUCUUAUUCUGUAACCUCAAUCUAUACAGAUUAUUCUAAUUUGAAUACAUCAGUCAUGACAGAUAAUUUGAGUAUUACUUCAGGUACAUCCAAACAGAGGGACCAUUUGGACUGGACCUCUGAAAAUCAGAACACUCAUUACCAAAGCACAGAAUCUUCUUCUGCACCUUCACAACAGAUUAGCAAUCCACAAACAUGGAGCAGCAAUAAAAGUAGCAACAUCCCUGACUCCCGUUAUGUCCAUUCAGACAUCAUUCAGGCUGGCAGUAUUGUGUUCAACCUAUUGACCUCUUCAGGACCCACUCUGCAGGAGGAAGUCAGUAGGAUAGAAGCAUCUUUCAGCCAGCUAGAAGAGAACAACAGGGAAGGCAGGACCUUUACUAAUGUAGCAAUAACAAACACAGGAGCCAAAGAGGUCAAAGGCAAGAUAUGCAAGUCCAGAUUACCAGUGAGGGCACAAAGCCAUAAACUAUGCACUCUGCGUCAACCAAUAGUGAAAGAAAAGGCACAAGAAAAUCAAAAAGUCAGGAAACAUGCCAUGCAUAUUGUCAGGGAAAGAUUCGACCCUUUUGAGAAUUUAUUUCCUAGAUCUCAAAUCCCAGUAAUGAAAGCCAUGAAAUACUCCUCUUGUUCCCAGGAUCAGAAGCAGGUCAGACCCAAAUCUGUGGUUAGCGAUAGAAGCAUUAAAACCGCCAGGGGCAAAAAACAACCAACUAAAAGCACAUCCAAUACUGAACACAGAUACAGUUUAGUGAAAACCCCAGGUACCCCAAGAAAAACCAGUGCAGCGGUCUCAAAAAACGCUAAAACAAGGUCUGUUGUUAGCCAGGCAGCCAAUCUUUUGGACCAAACCAUUCCCAAGGAGGCUGAAACAAAGUUAGAGGAGAAAACAUUGCCCACUGAGGACGAAGAGAGCUGCAGUCUCAGUACAACCAGGAACACUUCCAUGUCAGAACCAUCUAGAGCUUCUAGAAGUUCCUGCCCUUCACGCACCUCUACCUCCACCUCCACGAGCACCACCACAUCAACACGAACUGCUAGAGAUGUGAGAACUGAGGUUGAGCAAGCCAGCAAUGAGAGGAUGAGGAGGAGCAGGAGGAAGAGUAGGCGGACACUUGGAGGGAAGGAGCAAAAGCAGAAGGAGGAAGGGAGUCAGGUUGAUCAACCAAUCACGGCUCCUGUCACGGAGAACGAGACUAGCCCUCAGAGUCCCUGUGAGAGAACAGACCUCCGAAUGGCAAUAGUAGCCGACCACCUCGGACUCAGCUGGACUGAGCUGGCCAGGGAGCUUGAUUUCUCUGUGGACGAGAUCAACUUCAUCAGAGUGGAGAACCCAAAUUCCCUGACAGCACAGAGCUUCAUGCUCCUAAAGAAAUGGGUGCACAGGGACGGUAAAAAUGCCACAACGGAUGCUUUAACUGCGGUGCUGACUAAGAUCAAUCGGUUGGAUAUUGUGACUUUGCUGGAAGGGCCCAUAUUUGACUACGGUAACAUUUCAGGCACACGCUGCUUUGCCGAUGAUAACGCAGUAUUCCCGGAUCAGUCCGAUGGAUACCACAAUAUAGAUCUGGAGCUGCAAACCCCCACAGAGCUGAACUACGAGCCCCCAACCCCACUGCGCUCAGACAACUUCUUUAGCGAGUACGAGGCUAGCGCAGAAUCCCCUAGCAAGACCAUGCUUACUAGACCUAGCGACCUCUCUCUCACUCAGACCACCAGUACCUCCAGCAGCGACCCUGUCACAGUCGCCCCAGCUCCUGGCCACAGUGCCCCAGAGCCCCCCAUUGUUGGGGCUGAAGAUACAACCCUGACCCUUAAAGAAAGAGGGAUGCCUGAAGAAGACGACACAGGGAUGGUUUCUUAUGAGAGGCCGGAUAAUGACAGGAGGGCAGUAAAAUCAGAAAAGGGAACAGACGGGCAUGCUGAGGCCGUAGAGAAAGACCUAAAGGCAGGGGAAGGCGUUGUUUCGGGGGAAAAUGAGCAUGCCACCUCAGACGCUGGUCAUGGGAAUGGAAGGCAAGAAGAAGACGAGGAGAUGACCCAGGAGAGGCUGCAGAGUCUGCUGGAGGAUAUAAACCUGGAGGGAGGCUUGGAGGACAUGGAGAUGACAGAGGAGGGGGUGAUAGCCAUCCUCGAACAAGUACGGCAAGCAGAAAAAGACGUGUGUUCAGUUCCAGGCUGGAGAAGCGAGACGUCCGGCGGGAUCGUAGAGUCAGCAGCCUCUGGCCACAGCCCCGGCACUGAGGAGGGCAGCCCCGACAGUCUGGUGGAUUCACUGGAGCAGCCCCCGCCUCAGGCCGACAGACAAAAUGGAGGUCACCACAUUGAUGCAACAAGGGAGGCGAAGGAAAAGGAGGCCAAGAGGAAGGGAUCUCAGGAGGACAGCAGCACAGCGGGACCAAGCAAAGGACGGGAGGAGGGAGGUGAAAGGUCCCAGCACAAAGUCCAGGGGGGUGUCAGAGCUGACGAGUCCAGCUCUGAUGAGGAGACCACUGUCACCACCAGAGUGUUCCGCAGACGAGUCAUACUCAAGGUGUGUGAGGCGUGGUGUGUUACCGGCUCGAAGCAGAGUGAAGAACUGUGACUCUGUGUGAAGCAGAGCGAGCUGCAGAAAGAUUGUGAAUUUCUGUAGUGUGAACGUAGAGGAGUAUGUUUCUGUUAACACAGGAGUGUGUUUGAGUGUCUGUAAGCUGGUAAUGUGUGAUGGGAGUCAGUUUCUGUCCAAAUGUUUUUAAAUUUGCACACUUGAGUGGAAAUACUUAAAAUUAAAGAAAAGUAUCAC